CUUCCCUCGGCCAUAUUGACGCUGAUGUUCAGUCCGUACCAGAGAGGCAUCUACUGUGACGACCAGAGCAUCAACUAUCCCUACAGGAGAGACACCAUCUCCCAUGGAGCCAUGGCUGCCGUUACCAUCACCAGCUCCAUAGUCAUUAUCACGACCGGCGAGGCCUAUCUGGUGCACACCAAGCGUCUGCGCUCCAACUCCCAAUUCAACCAGUACCUGUCGGCGCUCUACAAGGUAGUGGGCACCUUCCUGUUCGGGGCAGCCGUCAGCCAGUCGCUCACCGACCUGGCCAAGUUUACCAUCGGACGACCCAGACCCAACUUCUUGGCGGUGUGCGCCCCCGCCAGCUGCAGCGGCUAUGUGCUGCGCAUCAACUGUACCGGCAGCCCACGUAACGUCACUGAGUCCAGGUUGUCCUUCUACUCUGGCCACUCGUCGUUCGGCAUGUACUGCAUGCUCUUCCUCUCUCUGUACGUGCAGGCUCGCAUGCAAGGCAAAUGGACGCGUCUGGUGCGUCCCACCAUCCAGUUUUUCCUGGUGGCCUUCUCCGUGUACGUGGCUUAUACGCGAGUGUCCGACUACAAGCACCACUGGAGUGAUGUGCUGGUAGGACUCCUGCAGGGGGCGCUUAUUGCUGUUCUCACUGUGAAGUACGUCUCAGACUUUUUCAAGCAGCGCGGCGAGCCGGCGUGCACGCGGACCGACGUGGCGGACGGCGUGCGUCUGGAGCGUAAACCCAGCCCGCAGCGCACUAACCACAUCAGCUACACGCCACCCGUAUGA